AUGAUCGUGCCUACGCAAAGUGUCGACUUGGCCGUCCGAGCCGACAGCUCUUCAUCAUCUUCCAAGGCGUCUGAAUCGAAUUCAUGCAAAGGGAAAAACGCCAACAGCAGCGCAUGCGAAAAACCCGUCAACGAAGACGGGCUUGAGAUCGGCCUAGGCGUGGGAAUCCCCGUGUUCGUGAUCUUGUGUAUCUUGGGGUUUUUCGUGCUCAAAAACUACCGCAAAAACAAGCGGGAGAGUCUAGAACGGGACCCGGACUUUGACGAGAACGGCGAGGCCACGGCGCUUCCUGACUUCCCUGUUUUCACCAAGGAAGAUCCGUUCGCCGGCUCUCAGAGAGGUUAUCCGAUGAUGGGCGCCAACCGUUCUGCCCAGGAACUCAGCAAAUUCUCCACCAGAAACAUGGACGAGGGCUACGACGGCUUUGUGUUGCCGUACCACCACGAAACCGGCUCCAAAGCUUCGUUGGACGAGUAUGCCAAGCAGCUUAUGGACAAGACCGACUUUAGACGCGAUUCAGCCGUCCAUUCCCGCACGUACUCGCACAUGAACCCGGGCUCGCUUCGGGAAUCUCCUCAGAAAAGCCAGCUAGGCGCCACCUACACCGCAGGCCAAAACGAGCCCGUGGGAAGACUUACACACACCGAUUUCGGCCACGCCAACGCCUCGAGCACACUGCUUGGCGAAGACAAGUUCUACAAUACGCAAGAGACGUUUGAGGACUCGCAGAAUGGGUUUGACGUCAAGUACGAAAACGAGCCCCAGAUGGCCGACGAUGGCAUAGAGUCGGUGAAAGAUUUCUCCGACAGCGAUAACGACGAGACCGAAAGCGAGGAAACAGUGAGAGAGGAGAGAAGAAUACCGUCCUUCGACGUUUCGUCGCCCUUCGAUGAUCGCCACGACAUUUCGACUCCUGACGAAGAUGCAGACACAGAAGAUGCAGCUGCCAACACAACUGCAAAAACCGAUACCACUGCAGACUCGGCAGAUGCACCCCAAGACUCCAAGUUUGUAGGCGCACCUGAGGAAGCAGACAUUUCAGGUGUAUCCGACGCAUCUGUUGCAGCAAACACAUCAGGCUUGUCGCUCAAAAAGUCGCCUCGUGUGUCCACGUUGAAUGCGAUGAAGGAGGACGACGACAAUAUGUCCAAGGAACAAGAAGAGCAGUUGGCCCGCAUGAAAUCCGUGUACCAGGUCUACUUUGACCGGAGUAACUCCGUCAAAUCCGAAGCACACGGCGGCUCUUUCCAGCCCGACACGUCACAGCCUUUGCCCCAGAUUGACGGUCUGAAUAAGGUCAAUGCGAUGUUGAACGCUGACACCGACUACACCAAGCGCCACACAACAGCAUCCUCGGUUUAUGACGCGGUGCCAGUUUUCCCAGACGAAGCCGAGGAGUCUUCCAACGCACAACCAAACGGGCAACGGUAUCCUCCACAGAACGGACACCCUGUGCAAAAGGGUACAUACAGAGGCCAGAAUGGCUAUCCGCAGUAUCCUAACGGAUCGAAUGCAUCUCCAAAUGGAUAUCCAGGCUACUCCAACGGUUCUCCAAACGCAUACCCAGGCCAGACAUCUCCGGAAGAGACCGAUAGCGUACCUGCCGAGUUACCGCCUUUGAAGUCCCUUCCCCAUGCCUCGGAUAUCCGCCAUUCAACAAUCGAAACGUUUACCGACUAUGUUCCUCGUGGGAAAGUCACUUCUCCGUCAUUGAGAUUCGAUAGCGAGUCGACAUUUUCUUCACCGGCAACAAAAAGUACAGUAACGUUCGGACCGGCUUCAGGCGUUCCGCCUGUUCUUCAUAACCCUUCGACUGACAGCGUUCCUUCGCCUUCCCAGUUGGCCCGUACUUCUGUGGUUAUGUUGAAUCCGGUUUCGGAAAUCGCCCCUCUGCGCAAAUACAAGCCCGCAGGCUCUUUGCCCUCUGGACCGGGCUCGCCUUCUCUUGCAUCUCACAAUGAGUGGGCUACAUCGAGCGACGAUCUCAUACCUGCCAAUAGGAAAAGUGCUGUGCGCAGAAUGAUGAACACGAACUUUUGA